AUGUCUUCAACCACUCAAGAUACACAAGCCACCACGGCACCCACAGAUCGCCUGUCCGAGAUGCUCGACUCGUCCGCUCGCAUUGAAGAACUGUCCUCGGCCCAAGAAGAAGAAAUCCAAGAAGCAGAUGAUGACGACUCCGACUACGAGACGUCUGACAGCGACGACGGUCAGAAUGUACAUGGCUGGAUGGCCUCCAAGCUCCCACCGAACCUUCCUUUCUACUUUGCGUCUCCCGGCCCUCUACAAGACGAUCUAGAAACGUCCACAUCAGUUGCUCAGGAAAAGACAAUGAGGGAGGUCAUAGAUUUGAUGACGGGAAAAGGCCAGACCAUCUUGGAUGUCAAUACAUAUGGUCUGCCACACCUUUUGAAGAACAAGCAUGCUGCCUUUCUGCGCACGAUAUUGGGCAAGUACCCUCCGCCGUUCCAGGUCAUGGAUGCUAGUCGACCUUGGCUAUUGUACUGGGCUCUCAAUGGAUUGAGAACGCUAGGAGUCGAUGUCAGCGAGUACAAGCAAAGGUGUAUUGACACUUUUACGCCAUUGCAAAAUCCAGAGGGCGGCUUUGGUGGUGGUUAUGGCCAUCUUUCUCAUGCUGCUGCGAGUUAUGCUGCCACGUUGAGUUUGGCCUUGGUGGGCGGUCUCGACAUGAUUGAUCGUAGAGCCAUGUGGCACUGGCUUGGCCAAGUUAAGAACCCCUCUGGCGGCUUCAAUAUGGCCGUCAAUGGCGAACAAGACGUUCGCGGCGCUUAUUGUUGCAUGACCAUCCACACCUUGCUUCACCUACCCUUGACUCUCCCACCUGCCUCUCCAGCCCGAAAAGCCGGACUCGAAACAUUUACCUCCGGCCUCGGUGCCUGGAUCAGCAAAUGCCAAACCUUCGAAGGCGGCCUCGGCGGCGCCCCUGAUAACGAAGCCCACGGCGCCUANCGCCUUUGCGUCCUCGCUUGCCUCUGCCUCCUCGACUCCCCCGCCAAAGCCAUCCCCACAUACCUCGACACCAAAUCCCUAACCCACUGGCUGGUAUCACGUCAAACAUGCCCCGAAGGCGGUUUCAGCGGCCGCACAAACAAACUGGUGGAUGCAUGCUACAGCCACUGGGUCGGCGGCUGUUGGUCUCUUCUCGAAUCCGCCCUCGCCAUCCCCGCCGAAACAUCACUCUGGCACCGAGAAGCAUUGGUGCGCUACACAUUAACCUGCUCGCAAGCUAAAAAAGGCGGGCUUAGAGACAAACCGUCCACCAGACCUGAUGGCUAUCACACCAAUUACUCGUUGGCGGGGCUGAGUGCUGCUCAGUACAUUUACACUUAUACUCCAGCCGAGCAAUCGGAAGAGCAAGUCACAGAGCCGGAAGCACUUACUGCAGCAUUUAAUUGGAGUUUUCAGCGUCCGUCGCAGCAACAAACGAAGGCUUGGUGUUUUGACAAGCAGGACAUGGUGGAGCCCGUGCAUCCCGUCUUUGUCUUGCCGUUUGACAUUGUCGAAGAGACGAGGGCCAAGUUUGCCGCCAAAGUCGGCUUCUAG